AUGGCCUCACCACCAUCGGCAUCCUCCGCGGGCUCACCCAGCCCAGACCCGCGGACCGAUCGCCGCCACCUGAACAGCCCGAGCAGCGGCGGCACUCCGGGCCCUCAUGACAACAGCCUUGAGGCAGCGCAGGCAGCUCUUACACCGCUACCUCUUACACUCUGGAACCUGCAGGUGCCCCUGUACAUCACUCAAGCGACGGGGCCCCCCAACACACCGCCCUUCAUCGUCUCAGUCCCGCGCUUCAGCUACCUUUCCUUUCUUCUGCCGCGCCUGACGGCCCACUACGGCGGCAUGCCCUGUUCAAGCUUCCACCACGAGGACGUCCAGUUGCGCAACCUGGCCGUCGGCCUGCUGUUCGACCUGUACCAGCCACCCACCCUGCCCUGGCGUCUGGUCGUGAGCGACGGGCCGGAGUGGGACAUCGCCGACACUUUCACCAACUCUGCGAAGGAAGCCGACUUUGUGCGGAAUGGGAACGCCAAACAAAUCAUGAGUCUGUCCAAGGAGCACAGCACCGCGCUGUGGAAUGCUGUUCAGGACAAUGACUAUGCCUCUUUUAGCAAGAUCAACAGCCGCUUGCUAAACACACCGACGCCGCUCAAGAACGUGCCCAUCCGCAUCUACAUCCCUUCCUCGCCCAAUCACGACACAAGCGACACGACCCCAGGGUCAUUCAAGGUAGUCCAGACCUUGGUCCCGCCACGACUACCCAACAGAACGCCGCAGACCCUCGGCGCCGCUCUAAAGACCAUCCUCCCAACACUCUUCCCCAGCAGCCGGGACCCAGUCCUCGCAAAUGUCAUACUCCACGGCGCGCCCGUCCCCUUCCGGGCACCCCUCGAGGAACUGAUGCGCGAAGCCGCCUAUCCGGACGGAUGGUUGUGUCUCUGCGUGGUCUUGUUAUAA